AUGAUGCGAGAGACUCUCGAAUCUACGCAAGCCAUUUUAGAGACUAUUAAUAAGAGCCAGUCAUCGCCUAAAAACAACGAGAGUAUCAAGGAUGAGAUAUUCGCGGCGCCCAAGAGAAAUCCAUCGUUCAGUGGACGCGAAAAUGAACUUACAGGGAUAAAAGAUCACUUGAUCCCGACAAACCCUAGUGAUGAAUCCCAGACACAACAUUUUGUUGUCAUUUGUGGGCUCGGCGGUAUGGGUAAGAGCCAAUUGGCUCUUGAGUAUGCGCAUCAAAAUAAGAGCUAUUAUAAGGCUUGUUUUUGGAUUACCUGCGACUCAGCGGUCAAGAUUGCCGAAGAUUUUGCCCAAAUUGCGCAAAUUCUUGGGUACGAUGAUGCUGGUGUCGUGCAGAACCAGUCAAGGGUUCACUCUUGGCUGCUUGAAACAGAUCGAAAAUGGCUUUUAAUUUUAGAUAACGCGGAAUCUCCCUCGGAAGUGAGCUUCUGGCCACAAACCAAUAAUGGUUCCAUUAUUCUUACAACCCAGGAUAGAAGUUGGUUGUUUCGAGAACACACGACUUUACGCAUCCAGCUCCAUGAGCUUCUUCGUGAUGAAGGUGAAGGGUUGGUAGCUGAGGUAUUUGACAAGCAUCGGAGACCAAUUUCUCAAAGUGAAGCUCAUGAACUUUUCGAAAUAACGGGAGGCUUACCUUUAGCCAUACGCCAAAUCACUUCUUACAUCAUUGCAGAAAAUUUGAACAUUGAAGAAGUUCUUAAAGAUUACACGGCUCAGAAAAACGCCAAGGUCAUCAACGAAUGGCAGCACAGUACAACGUCAAUUUAUUCACACACCCUUGCUACAUUUUUAAAUAUAUCGUUUGCCAAACUUCGAGAUAGAGCUCUAUUGAUAUUGAGAAUCUUAUGUGUUCUUGAUGUCGAUAAAAUCCAGGAAUCUAUACUGUAUCUUGAAGGCAAAGCCGUCGAUAAUGAGUCUCCGUUUGGAACCUUGAGCCGGGAGACGCAAGAUCUGGCAAGCUUGUACCUCGAUGGAGGCAUCUACCUCUGGGCCAAAGGUUUUUUGGUAGAUGGAAAGGCACUCACGAGCGAGGCAAAGAAAGUGUGCGAUAUAGCAUUGGUGGACAAACCUAUGAUGGCUCAAAUUUAUUCGUUCCACGCAUCUAUCCUGUCUGAUUCGGGAGAAGUCAAGCCGGCUUUGGAAUACUUUGAAAAGUCUCUUGAAAUACUCAAACUUUACAUGAGAAAUAUCCGAGAUACAGCACUGGAAUCAGAUGAAGCUCUUUUUGCUAACGCAUGGAACAACUUAGCAGGAAUUUAUUGCGCAAUAGAGGACUAUGACAAAGCGGAAAUGUAUAACAAAAUUUCGAUCAAACAAAAGGAGAAAUUAGCAAAGUGCUUCGAUGACGACAAGAAAAUGGCACACUUGUUUUGCCUAUCGAAUGAGAAUAUGGCAGCUACUUAUGCUCGACAGAUGCGGUAUGAGGAAGCCGAAGAUUAUUUUGAGAAAGCAAUCACUCAAGCAACUCUGGCAAACUCAACAUCGCGUCUCGCUCUGAUACACCAUAAUUUUGGCAUUAUGAGGCUCAUGCAAGAUCAGAUACGCGAAGCUACAAAACUCUUCAACGAAGCAUCUAAUUUACGUUUCCAGAAACUGGGCAAAUAUCCAGAUACUGCCACUUCGUUGCAUAUGUUGGCCAGUUGUUACUGUAAACUUGGUGGAUUUGAGGAUUUGAUCAUGGCAAGGAAGCUAUUGUUGCAGGCCCUUGACAUCUUUAAUUCUCACAUCGACGCGAAUGAAAUGUAUGUCGCGCGAACACAAUUCAAGCUGGCCCUGGCCCAGGAGGCACUUCAAGACCCAGACGCCGUCAAAUCACACCAAAUUGCAAGAGACCUUUACAAAAAAAUAACAGGGAAGUUUGAUAAUCCAGAUGAAGAAAAGCUCGAUAAACUAGUGCCAUAUAUUUAA